CGCUGUUGGAAUACCGAACAGGUUCGUGGAAACAACGCGUGAAAUUAAGAAAUAAUAAUAACGAUCUCCACGUCACAAUGUCGUAAAUAUAAUGGGUAUUUCCAACCAAAACAAAAAAUGUAGUGGAAGUGUGGUCGAGACACUCGGUGUUGGCGGAGCGUGGUCCACGUAGGAGCUGGCCUCCGUAUUUCCUUGCACGACCCAACAAAGAUGUCCGUUUCGAAGGCUUCGCGAGGAAGCCGAAGGGGUCGUUCGUCGUCAGCCACGCCUUCCGUAGCUGGGUUGAAGGCGGGAUCAUCUCAAAGUUCUCGUCGGACUGGCCAAUCUCGAAGCCACGCUCAGCGACACUCACCCAUGAAGUCUAAGUUACCUGCUGUGAUAUCUGACCGGUUUCAGACUUCACGGUCGGGGGUCAAGAGAUCAAGCAUUGUUUCCAGGGCCAGAGGUCACCACAAGCUGAGCAAGAGACCCGCUGGCCGUCAAAAGUUCCGACGGGCCCCGCCUUUCACCAGGGUCUUCUCGCAACUGUCUCACUCGCGCUACUUUCUCCGAAGCGCCUCGUCGACGAAAACUGGAAAGCGGUCAUCGGCCCAACGCCGAAUAUCGUUCCAGUGUGAUGUGGCGCGAUAUUCCCUGCGCUCCUUGGCUGGGAUAAAGCGACAAGUGGACCGGGACAACAGUGCGUCUGACAGCGUAGUGGGCCGCCGGCCACGCGGUACGAGUGGAAAGAGCGCUGGGUCACCGAGGGAUGAUUCGAGUGAGCCUGAGGACUCCUCCGACCGGACCAAAAGGAAGCGGAAAAUCUCUGCUCAGCCCCCACCUCCCCCUAACACACCUUGCUCAACUCCGGAGACCAUCACCCCACCGAGUAAGAGGGCUCGCUCCUCACCCGUGUUCAGUGUGAAAUCGACCGCCGGUAAAACCACCCGGCCCCGCACGGCACCACCUUCAGGGCGCUCUGGGACCACACGCCGCCGCCCGGAUCUCGACCCGCGGGAGAAGAACGAGCCCGCGGCAAAGAGACAGCGUCGACACGAGACCGUUCUGAUGGAUCUGAAGAGGCGACUGGAUGCUAUUCGUGCCGCGGCUAGGAAACGGGAUGUCGUUGCCAUGCCAACCGUUCGCAUCCGUUGGGAGAGGGCGCUUGAUACUGGGAGCAAUGCAGUGUCAGUCACCGCUGUUGUCAGGCGGCUCAAACGACAGUUAGCUGAAAGCACGCCCAUCAUCAGCCAAAUGAGUCUGCGCAACGGCAAAACAAAGUUCAACCAGUUUGAAUAGCGACGCACAAGUAUUCAGUAUUGUAUACCCUACCGAUAGUUUUUCGCUAUUACCGACGUUCACUGACUAAAUACCACAAGUAGACAAAUUUAUAGUUCCUAUAGUAGCUUCAUUUGGGCAAGCAUUAUAUCCUUUUCAACAGGACUUUAACAAAUCCCAGCUAUAUAUUCCCAAUAAUUAUGUUCAAUUCACGUCUUAUUCAUACUCAGAAACAGAAGUUAACACAAACCAUAGGCUUUGUUAAAACAACAUCACAUUACAUCAUAUUGUAAAAUGCAUUAUUAUAAAUAAGUGAAAUUUACUGUCAGAUGCGAACUUCGAACCAUCAGAUUAAUAUUACUGUGAUAAUCUUCCCCAGACUUUUAAUCAAAAUGGUAUUUUAAACAAUUAUCCUAUAAUUUGACUUAGAGGUUUGAUGGGUAAAGGAAUCAGUGACAUGAAUCCGACAAUUCUUGAAAUGAUUAAAAUACGUACCCGUGGGUAGAGUUCGAUAAGCAUAUAUAUGAAUCACACAGUACAAGUUUUAAAAAGGCACAUACAUUCACAAUAUAACAUCAAAUUUUAAUUAAAGUUACAACUGAAUUCUGUUUUUAAAUCAAACUCAUUCGAACAACAGCAAUGACUCAAGUGGCCAGCGAAAUAAAUGGAAAGCUUCCAGUUAUCCGUAAGACAUCUUUUGGUUUAGUCCGACAGCAAUCCAACUGCUCUGUUUUAUACGCCCGUUGAACUCCUAACACAUGAGAUCAUUGAAAAAGGUUUAGAAAGUGAGGGGACUGAGCUGAACAGGUCUCUGGGGGUGUUAUCUUAAACCUCUAUUAUUUUCAAUUAACAGUCAAAACAGGA